AUGGCUACCCCUAGUGUCCUCGCUUUUGACGCCGAGGGUCGAGCCAUUGACUUUGACGUCUGGGUAGAUGACCUGCAGCUGUUCUUACAGUGCGAUAGGGCAGACGGUCUCUCCCUCUUUUACCUCACCUCUGGUGCCUCUCCUGCUCUUCCUGCUGAUGCUGACGCCACUGUUCGCUCACAGUGGGCCACGCGCGAUGCUGCUGCACGUCUUGCUGUGCGUCGCCACCUCCCUACCUCUGAGCGUGCGCACUUUAGUCAGUACAAGAGUGCUCAGACCUUGUACGACGCUGUAGUUACACGCUACUCCUCCCCUGCCACUGCUGCACUGAGCCUCACUCGCCUCCCUGACUCCCUUCGCGUAGUCAAGGACCACUUCCUCUCAGUCUGUCCCACCACUCUCACCGUUGACCUCCUCGAGAAGUCCCUCCUAGCGGCCGAGAAGAGCAUAGUCGCUGUAGGGGCCUCUCGUGGUGACCCGCGCACCCCCAUCUUUGAGUGGUGUUCCCCCUCCCCCCUUCUGCCCUCUGUUGCCUCUGCUGCUGCGGCCGACCUCCUUGGUCUUGAGUCGGUCGGUGCGGCGUCUGCCUCUAGCGGGAGACGCCGCUCUGGCAGGGGCAAGGGGGGCAGGGGCGCUGGAGGAGCGAGCGGGGGCGGUGGAGGUGGAGGUGGAGGCGGCGGGGGGAGUGGGGGUGGCGGUGGGAGUGGAGGUGGGGGUGGAGGUGUCGGUGGCGGCAGUGGAGGCGGAGGCGGCGGCGGCGGUGGCGGUGGGAGCAGAGGUGGCGGAGGUGGUGGCGGUGGAGGAGGCGGCGGAGGCGGCGGUAGUAGCGGAGGCGGCGGAGGCGGCGGAGGCGGCGGAGACGGCGGGGGUGGCGGUGCAGCUGGUCGCGGGUCUACCCAGAGGAGUGGCUCCGGUGGUGGUCCGCGCCAGCAGCAGCAGCGCGGUCGUGAGACCUUGUCCCCUCAGCAGCUCCGUGAGUGGUACACAGCACACCAGCGGGGUGGGGGCUUUGGUCCGUGCACCUACGUCCUGCGCAACGGCGACCGUGCGGGUGAGCAGUGUGGGGGUACGCACCCCACCCAGCGCUGCUUUGGCCGCCUGACGGACGCGUGGCGUCACCAGUUCCCUAAGGCCACAGAGAUCCCUCGCUGGGGCGAGCUGUCUAGGGCGGGAGUUGCCAUCUAUGAUCUUGAUUUUGAUGCUAUCCUUUCUGCCAUGUAUGCUGUGUCUAUUAGUGAUGAGGGUGACUGUUACCAGUGUUUCCCGCCCGACCUGGGCAUUGAGACUGCUGCUCUAGGUACUGGUGAGGCUGCUGCUCUAGGUGCUAGUGAGGCUGCUGCUCUAGGUGCUAGUGCGUCUGCGUCCUCAGGUGCUGGUGAGUCUGCGCUCGCAGGUACCGCGUCGGCUUCGGCCUCCCUCACCUUCACACUUGACUCAGGGGCUUCUCGCUCCUUCUUUCGAGCCUGCACCACACUCACGCCGCUUGGUCGGCCGGUUGCACUCUCCCUGGUAGACCCCUCUGGGGGUCCUGUCCUUUCUCACUUCUCCACUGUCCUCCCGUGUCCGGCAGCCCCCUCUGGCACCUUGUCUGGUUUGUACCUCCCCUCGUUCUCUACGAACAUGGUAGCUGCGUCGGGUCAGGUGUUUGCUGCAGCGUCCAGGUCUGGUCUUGAGUCUGCCCCCUGCUCGUGUCGCUUCCUGUCUCACGAGACUCUCCUCUGGCACCACCGCCUUGGUCACCCCUCCCUGCCUCGUCUCCGAGGCAUGGCCUCCCGUGUCCUUGUCUCUGGUCUUCCCCGGUCCCUCCCUCCCCUUCCUCCGGGGCCUGGCCCCACCUGCGUCCCUUGUGUCGAGGGGCGGCUGCGGGCUGCCCCUCACUCCUCUCAGUUUCCCUCGACAGAGGCCCCGCUGCAGACGCUUCACAUGGACGUGUGGGGCCCGGCCCGCGUCCGCGGACAGGGUCACGAGCACUACUUCCUGCUGGUGGUUGACGACUACUCGCGUUAUACCACAGUCUUCCCCUUGCGCAGCAAGGGUGAUGUCACUGAGGUGUUGAUCGACUGGAUCCGCGCAGCUCGUCUCCAGCUCAGGCAGAGCUUCGGCUCGGACUUUCUUGUUCUGCGUCUGCACUCUGACAGAGGCGGAGAGUUCUCCUCCGGCCUUCUGCGAGCCUACUGUCGUGCGCGAGGCAUCCGCCAGACCUUUACGCUUCCGGACUCUCCACAGCAAAAUGGGAUUGCUGAGCGCCGCAUUGGCAUGGUCAUGGACGUCGCCCGUACGUCCAUGAUGCAUGCGGCUGCCCCCCAUUUUCUGUGGCCGUUUGCGGUUCGGUACGCGGCGCAUCAGAUCAACCUUCACCCCAGGGUCUCCAUGCCGGAGACCUCCCCAGCUUUGCUGUGGACGGGGAAGGUAGGCGAUGUGUCUGCGUUCCGUGUCUGGGGAUCUUGGGCGUUUGUCCGCGACUUGUCUGCGGACAAGCUGUCCCCUCGUGCUGCUCCUUGCGUCUUCCUUGGCUUCCCCCCUGACGCGCCAGGGUGGCAGUUCUACCACCCCACCUCUCGCCGUGUUCUGUCCUCCCAGGACAUCACGUUUGACGAGUCGGUCCCCUACUACCGCCUCUUCCCCUACCGCACUCCGUCCCUCCCCCCGCCACCGCUCCUCCUUGUGCCAGGUCCCCCCCCGGUAGACCUUCUCCCCCCUCAGGGUCCUGCCCCUUCAGGUGUGUCCCAGGUAGACGCAGUCGAGCCUGUCGAGGUUACUGGUGACUCUGGUGCUGCUGAGGGUGCUGAGCCUGGGGGUGCUGACUCUGGGGGUGCUGAGCGUGUGGGUGCUACGCCUGGGGCUUGGGGGUGCUGA